AUGAACAUCGGUCUCUAUCUUCUCAACGCCGCCGCUCUUGCGGCAGCGAUCAACCAUUCAGUCUUCUUUCCGAAAUCCUCACCGACCGCGAUCGCUAAACCUGAGCCCUUGUUCUGUGCUGCCGCGAACUACACAAAUUAUGUUGUUGGUCCGAGACCAACAGGCACUUUGGCAGUUGCCAUGGCCUCUCACACCUCCGAACUAUUCCAAACUUGUACUUUGCCUCUGGAGGAAUGGUUCGAUUGCACAUUCCCAGAAAGCUCGCGAUUAUGUGCCUUUUCCACAGUUGGCCCAUCCGAGGUAAUGUCGGCGUACUCUGACUUUGGGAGUUUGGCCUUAUCAUGGUGGACUGCGCACAGCCUCGUUGCUGAACAACUCGCUUCCAGCUGUCACUUCCGUUGGUAUCAUGAAAUGAAAUUGAUACCAUUCGCAUCUUACAAACUGGAGGAAACCAUUUCCUUUGCGGAAUGCUUUAUUCCGGAGGUCGCCACUGCUUCCUCAGAAGGGGUUUCCAUUGUGGCAUCAACACCCCCGUCAACCGCGCCCAAAACCUCCGCAGCGUCUGCAGCGAAAGAAACAGCAGCUACAGCGUCAUUAGCAGCGAGAUGGAGGCAAGACAAGCGGAUAUCAUUUGGUACAGCAACUGUGGCAACCUGGAUGCUGUUUUAA